AUGGGAACCGACGACGCGACCAGCACAGACGCGUCCCAAGGACAACCAACCUCCAAACGUCUCACCCCGCUCGAAAUCCCAGAACUCCUCUACCACAUUGCAAGUUACCUCACGGAUGAUCACAUGACGCUCGGAGAAGCGGCUCAAGUCUCUUCCUCGUUCCAUGCAGCCUUCACGCCGCUCUUCUGGCGACGGAUUGUCCUCGAUGGAGAAGACGCUUCCGAGAUCUGGGGGUCGCAUAGGGGGUUUCGGAUGGGGAUGAUUCGGUAUGGUCGGUUUGUUGAGGAAUUGCAGUUGACCGGGUUGAGUUCGGUUCAGGAUGGGGAUGUAGAAUUGAUGGCCGAGAAUUUUACGAGGCUGAGGGAGGAGGACGAGGAAGAGGACGAUAACGAGGUAGUGGAGGAGGAGGGGUUGGAUGGAAUUGGAAGGGAUGGCGCGGUGGAUGCAGAGACAAGGAUGAUCAAGUAUAGAGAGUACACCGAAACCGAGACCGAGCACGAGUUUGACAGCCAGUACGAGUCCAUGGGGAUCCUCAACCCCUCAUCCACCGCAACCGAAUCUGAACAGGAUCGUCCUACAGGAAGCAUUCCCCAUGGAUCAGCAUCAUCAUCAUCAUUAACAGCAGCAGCAACAGGAGCAGCCAGAGGCGUCCGGAAACUCGCAGGAAAGAUCCCCCUCCAUCGCCAAUCGGGCACGACCCGCCCCGCAAAAUUCAAGGGUACCAAGACCCAGUUCCCUUUCUUCCUCGAGGAAUUGGUCCUCAACCGCUGCAGGAACCUGACGGGCGCCUCGGUCCUCAAGCUCGUCAGUCGGUUGGGUCCCCAGUUGAAGCGGUUGCAUCUGAACCAUGUUGCAGAGUUGUCGGAUCGGGAUGUGUUGGACUUUAUGAAACAUGUUCCUCAGCUGGUUGAGAUUAAUGUCAAGGGCACGGAUGUUACGGAUACAUUCUUGCAGGGCCUUGCCGAGUUGACUGCUGGAGCAGGAUCUGAAGCGGGGCCGGGAGCGGGAGCAGGAGCAGGAGCAGGAGCAGGAGGAAGAGCAGGAUUGGAAGCGCUGAAUCUCAACAUGCUAAACGUCUCGCCUGCUGGUCUCAUCCCCUUGAUCAAGGCCAACAAAUCGACAUUCAAGAGCCUUGCAUUGGAGCACAAUCACGCUGCCACCAACGAGGUUCUGUACGCGUUCAUUGAGGUUCCCAAUAACGACAAGAAGGCAACUGCGGUAACCCAAAAAACCCAGUCGACCAAGAAGGGAGCUUCCUCGAUCCCGUCGCGAGCGUUUAGUCUGAACACUGUCCUGACCUCACUCCGCGUCUCGUACUGCACCACCCUGUCGGAAAAAGGGUUCGCGAUCCUGUUCACUGCGGCGACGGAGCUGCAGACGGUCGAGAUUGAUGGCACCAGUGUGGGUGACGAGUCCCUGUUGGCGUUGGCGGCGACGUAUCGGGACCGGAUGAAGCGACUCGGGUAUGGAGUCCCUGCGAGCUGGCGUGAGUUUGAGAUUGCAGAGGAUGAGAUCUUGAUUGCCGAGCAUGCCAAGAAACCUUCCGAGGCUGGGGCGGCGGCGUUGUUGAGGAAGACUCUAGGGUUUGAUCCUACUCUCAAGGUCUAUUCGGGGCAUACUGUUACUGGUGGGCUGCGUCGACUGUCGAUGAAGCAUUGUCCUCGGAUCACCAAUAAGGGCCUGCGAGCGAUUGUUCGGUCCUGUGUUAACCUUGAGGGGUUGAAUGUCUCCAACUGUGGGCGGAUCAGUAUCGAGAUCUUCAAUGGCCCCUGGGCGUGUACACAGUUGGUCAACUUGAUGAUUGCCGGGAUGCCCUUGGAGUUGAUGCCUGGAACGACGACGGGAUAUACGACGUUGGUCAAGGAGGAGACGUUGGAGAGACAAAGGUUUCCCUUGCAGGAGGAGGAGUUCCCGGCCAAGUGGGAGUUUAACUAUCAGGGAUAUUAUGAUUAUAUUGUCAUCCCUACACGGGAAAGCGACGGUUUGGACGAUGAGGACGACGAGGAUGAGGAUGAGGGAGAUGAUGAGGAGUUGUUGGACGACGCGUCGAUCAUAGCUGCCAUCAAAGCCGCCGUUGCAGCCGUUGCAGCCAAGCAAGCCGCCAAGAACAAGGCCAAAAAGGCGGCGUCGGCCAAAGCCGAGACGAUCCGAUGCAAGUUCCCCGCCGACGGCAAGACCAGAAUCCUCCGUCUCCCACCCCUCAAAGACCGCAACACCAACGCCCAACGUGCGCUCUUGAAACAGUUUUACACCAAACUGGGUCUCCUCAAGAACCUCUACUACUUUGACAUGUCCCAGUGCUGCUUCCGUGUCCGCCCCAAGGACGGGCUUGAUCUCGUCUUGCCUGGACUGCAGCAAUCUCUUGAUACUUGGAACUUGUACCGACCACCUGGGUAUACGCUACAUGAUUCGGAUCUGGAGUUCUUUGGACGGUAUUUUGGCCAAGGACGUGAGGACUGUCCGAUCAAGAUGGAAAAAUUGGAUAUUGUGGAGCAGGAACAGAGGGUUGUGGAUGAGAAGGCAAAGAAGGCGGAGAAGGCAAAGGCCAAGAAGGCGGCAAAGGCCAAGAAGCCUGCUGCUGCUGCUGCCGCCGCUCCUGCAAAAGCCAAGAAGGGCAAGAAAAAGGCUGUUGCGGAGGAAGAGGAUGAUGAGGAUGAGGAUGAGGAUGAGGGUGACGACUUGCCGCGGGUUGCAAAGUUGGACCAAUUGAUAGUAUCCAAAUUUGCAAUGGAGGAUGAUCUGGACUAUGAGGUCUAUGAGUGGUUCAUGGACCAGGAUGUCGAUCUUGUCCAGAUCGACGAAUUUGACUAUGAUAUGAUGUAA